AUCGCGAAUAAUCACGGCGGUUACGUUCUACCAGCUGUCAGACAUCGAUUGUUGGCGCACGAUUUUGCUAUCUUGGAAAAGGGCUAUUUCGCGUCCCGAAGGAGGUACGCACCGUCCUUCGCGGCGGAUCGUUAUCGACACGUUACUCUGUCACACCUCACGUCAAAUCUGACCGACAAUGGACAGUAACAUCCGUCACAAUACGCCGCCUCAAACAAGUGCGGAUACCAGCGGCGAAGCGUCGCGCAAUAACGAAAUUCCUACACUCACCGUGGCUAUGCCGAUCAUGCAGGCUGAUAUGCUCGGUCAUUCUGGCUGCUCUACUGGUGCACAGGCUAUGACUGCAAAUCGGAUGGUAAUAAAUAUGGUCGACGGAGAGGAUAUCCCACCUCCAAAACUAGAUUUUUCUGCACCACCACCCUAUGAAGUAGCCACAAAAUUACCUAGUUAUGAAGAGGUGCAGCGUGAGAAAAACCUGCAGGGUGAACCUCAUCCCCAAAUACAUAUGCUGGGGAAUGUCAGAGCACCACAGCAACCUCUGACAAUACUGGCUAUAGAUACUGAGGCUGCAGAUGGAGAUCCUGAAAGUGGACUACUUGGCACGGAUUUCAUGUUCUUUACAGCGUUUCUUGUUGCAUUCCUCUUUAACUGGAUUGGGUUUUUGCUGCUGAUGUGUUUCUGUCACACUAUCGCCUCUCGUUACGGCGCGCUAGCUGGCUUUGGAUUAUCCCUGACAAAAUGGACGCUCAUUGUCAAACACUCCACUGAUCUUGCUUCACGAGAGAACUCAUGGUUGUGGUGGUUAAUAAUGGCAUUUGGUAUUCUAAUUUGCAUACGUGCCAUCAUCCAAUAUCUGAACAUCAAACGUGGGUGGGGACUAUUGUCUGGCAGCGCACAGGAACGUUUACUUUUUUUCUAUUAAAAAAACCAGUAAAUAUAUAUCUGCACCUUUAUUCAACUUGGCUUUAGAGCAAGCAUUUCUAUGUGAGGUUAUAUUUGUAUUAUAUAUGUAAUCAACAUCCUUAAGAAAGAGAGCGCAAGAGAGAGAGAGAGAGAGGGGAUCAUAUAUAAUGUCUCUAUCAUAUCGUAUCUAUAUAGCAAACAAAGAGUCAGAUUUUCAAAACUGUUUUUGCCAAAUUCACUACGUAAAACAAAAAUAAUGGGAAAGAGAAAGAAUAAAGGAGAUGCAGCUUACACAAAGAGAUAAAAUUUAAAUACAGUUUUUCACACAUACUUAAUACACACUCAUCAUAUUGACACAUAAACAAGUAUAAUUUCAUGUGAUGUCACGAGAUAUGCUACGGGGAAAAUAAUACAUAAAAUGUACAUUUUUAUUGCUCAAAAUAAUACGAACAAUGCUUUAAACCGAAAUGAUCUUAUUCAUUUAUGCAUUGUUCGCUUGGGUGCGGAUUGCGCAUGUAUGUUAGGCGCGUAAAAUUAUGCAAUUUGCGUAUAUUCAAAAAGUCAAAAUGAAUCGUAUGGUUAUACAAUAUAUUAGAUUCGUUUAUUUCCAGAUAUAAGUGUAUAAUGAAGGACAAAAGUUCUGAUAGUAUAUAAUAUACAUUCUAGUGCUAGAGAGGAGCUUCUAGAUAUUUGACUAUAUAUAAGUGUAUUGAUAUAUCUGCUUGUUUAUAUAGAGUAUCAUAAUUUAUAUAUAUAAAUAUAUAUAUUAUAUAUAUAUAUAUACAUAGUAAGAGAAUUCACUCUCUUACGGAAUUCCGAGAGAGAAAUAAGUUAAAAAAAAAUAUAAAUAAAUAUAUAUAUGUAUUAAAAUUUUAUUAUAUAACAAAGCGAUAUGUGCGUUAUAUGUUAUUCUGUGAGACACAUUUUAUUGUUAUACUUAUUACAACGAUAAAACGAAAAACUCGGUAUUUUACGUUUACCCCCUUCACUCUGUUUUAGUGUAGUGUUGAAUACGAGAACACCGAUAUGGGUUCCUAGUGCACGUUAAACGCUUUACAUAAAAACGUUUGUACAUGUUAUACACGUACAAUUUACGCACAACAUAUUUUCCAACGAACAUUUUACAAAUGCAUCAAAUAAAUAAAUUUUUAUCUACCAUCGAAAAA